CUUGGCCAUGAAACUGGCGCUUUCGUCAACCCUAGUCACAUGGCUACUAAAUUGAGGUUUUCUCUGGCUGAUAAAUUUCAACCUUGUUUCAAUUCACAAUAUCCGAUUUAUCAUACAGAAUCAGGACAAAUAUAUUGCGGUCGAGUUGCUGAUGAUUCUCUGUGCAUUAACAUUCUAGAUGCAGAUUCAUUCACUUUGAUUGACAAAAUUCAGGAUGAAGAGUGCAUAACGUCCUUUGUUGUUGAUGAAGCUGACUCGACGGUGUUCAUUGCUACAAAAAACUUGCUACUUAAACGCAUUGAUGGACAAACUCGAAGACAAACAAAAGCAUGGAUGUCUUGUCAUCAAAGAAUUAUCCAAAAAAUGGCUUUGAAUAAAGGUUCAACACGAUUAGCUACAGGAUCGGGUGAUACGGUGGUUCGGUUAUGGCAUAUCGGUCCGAAGGAGGGUUUUUCAGCAAGCUGUCGAUUGCACCAAGGCAUGAUAACGCUACUGAAGUUUCAUCCAUCACUGCCAUACCUUUUCUCAUCAUCGAUUGGUGAUCAUUUUGUGGCUGUCUGGAAUACUGAGACAGGGAAGCAUACAUCCUCCCUAGAAGGUCAUCAAAGCAAUGUUACAAGUUUAGAUUUCAAUGAUGUGAAAAACGAGGUGGUCACUUGUGGACGAGAUAAAGUCAUCAUUGUUUGGUCAACUACAAACUUUACUAAACAAAAAGUAAUACCGGCUUUUGAAAGUUUAGAAGCGUGUGUUUUCUUGCCUAUUGGUGCUUUGGAAAAUCACUUAGGUCCUAAUUUCACUAAAAGCAAAACAUCUCUCUUGUUAACUGGUGGCCAGUGGGGUUGUCUACGGGUUUGGGAUACUGAUGCCGGACGUUGUGUUUUAGAAAUUAAAGGUCCAUUAGAUCGAACUCCACAAUCAGAUUCUACGCAUGCUCCACUGGAACGUCAUGCUAUUGAUUAUGGACUUCAUUCUAUCAGUGAUUUGAGCAUUUUUAAGGCUAAAAACACAGAGGAGGAGGAGGGCAAUUCAAGUGAACAUGCUGACAUGUUGCAGAGACUACUGCUUGUUCGUCAAAGCAAUCAUGUUGAAUUUUAUAAUCCUAUGGUGGCUAAAUUAACAGCUGAGUUUCUUGGCGAUAUUGGACAAGUUGAUCAAUUGUGUAUCGCCGGUAGAAAUCACAAUUACCUUAUUCUUGCUGAUGCAUCACCACAUAUGAAAAUUUUUAUGAAUCCACAUGGAUUAAAUUCCCUAAACAAGGAUAGCAGUAGUAGUAGUAGUAGUAAUCAUUACAACAACAAGAAAGGUGGUGGUUCAUGGAAGUGUCAUCUUAUCCCAGGUGGUCAUUCUGAUGUCAUUAUGGAUAUAACAGUCUCUGAAUGUGGUGAAUGGAUUGCAAGCGGUUCAAAGGAUCAGUCUAUUUGUUUAUGGCGUUUAAAAGAACCAGCACCGUCAACUCAAUCUGCUAAAGUAUUCACCGUUAAAGUGGAUCUUAUCACACAAAUUCAAAAAGCCCAUGCUGCUCAUAUCACUUCAGUUUGUUUUGACAAGUUGACAAAACGUCUUAUAUCAAGUUCAGAUGAUAAUAUUCUAAAGAUAUGGAAUAUUCAAUUUGAUGAAAACUCAAAUAAUAAUUCAGAUACUACUACUACUACUACUAUCUUAUCAGAGUUAACGACAAUACACGGUGCUCAUAGUGGAGAAAUUAAUGCGAUUGAUGUGUCUAUCGAUAAUCGUCUUGUGGCUACAGCAUCACGGGAUAAAACUGUCAAGAUAUGGGAGUUUAAAAAACACGGUUUAGAAUGUCAAGGUAUUCUACAAGGUCAUCGUAGAGGUGUCUGGUCAGUUUGCUUUUCAAAGCAUGAGAAGGUUGUCCUAACCGCUUCAGGUGAUGGUGAUGUGAAGUUAUGGAAUUUGAAGGACUUUUCAUGCAUAAGAACAUUAGAAGGUCAUGAUCAACCUGUAUACAAAGCCGUCUUCCUUUCUCAAGAUAAACAAGUAUUAUCCUGUGACCAGAAAGGCUUGAUAAGAUUAUGGAAUAUUUCGAAGCCACCGUCUAAAAAGUCAGAGAAAGAUGAAAAUUCCGCGAAGCCAUCUGAAGAAACAUCAUCACUAGUUUAUGAAGCACAUGAUGGACGAAUUUGGUCUCUGGCUGUUUGUCCAGAUGAAGGAGGCUUUUUCACUGGUGGAGAAGAUGAAACAUUGUGUUAUUUUGAAGAUAUUACAGAUAAGGUAUUAGAAGAAGCUAUACAACUGCAGGAGGAUUUCAUUCAAACACAACAAGAAUUAGAUAAUUUACUGCAUAAACGUAUGUACGCCGAAGCUUUACACUUGGCUAUCAAAUUGGAUCAACCUAAACGAACAUUGGAUAUUUUUCAGGAACUGCUGACUCAACAAGACACCGGAGAAUAUACUAAUAAAGAUUAUCAAAUUAGAAGCAAAUAUCCUACACAAGCAGCCAACCUGUUGUCUAUACUUGAUGGUUUUGUGAAUAAAAUUCAUUGUAGCAAUGACAGUGGAGUUGAUGAUAGUGGUGUAGAAAUGUUAACUCAACGCCUAUUAUCUUAUGCUAUCAAUUGGAAUACACGGACGAGAACAUCAAUGAUUAGUCAAUGUGUACUAAACUGGAUUCUAACACGUUGGACCCCGGAAGAGUUAUUAGAAUGGCCUAAUUUUAAUCGAACAAUACAAUCGUUACUCCCGUAUACAAAUCGUCAUUAUCAGCGUAUCUGUCGAUUGGAAGAACAAUUAGCCGUCCUGGAUUAUAUUUCAGAGUUGACCGAUGAACACUUAGUUCCCACGACUACUACUACUAUGGAUUAUGAUGGUCUAAAGUCUGUUGUUGAACCAAUGGAGUUGGAUGACGAUAGAAUGGAUUUACCAGUUGAUGAGUAAAUCCCUGUGAUGCUUCAGUGAUAUUGAAUUGAGGUAGAUCAACACUGAAGUGGAUUCCGACGCCUAAGCGUGAAUAGACAAUAAAUCGAUUGUAUAUAAUAAAUAUUUGUCUGCUUGUAUUUGUAUACGUAUGUAUAUAUAUCCGUUUAUCUGAUUUCAAGAGGAUUUUCGCCAAACAUGAUA